CGUACUAGAAAGACCUUUUCCCAAUGUUUGGUAGGGUUGCCUUUUUCGUGAGCGUGGUAUAUGUGGUACUUAAUACAAUGUUACUGCGCUGGGCUGCUAAACAGCUGCCUUUUACUUUCUUUGACGAUGAGGAGCACUUUAACGCAACGUUGGCGAAACUACUGAAGCCUCGAUAUGUGGGCAGUCCGGGACAUUCUGAGGUUCGGGACUUUAUCGAGAAGGAGCUGCAGAGUUUGGACUUUACCGUUCUACGGUUUGACUUCAAAGAAGGCGCCAAUUUCACCAAUUUGGCGGGUUAUUGGAAUAAGGAGGCGGAGCAUACUCUAAUGCUAACCUGUCACUAUGAUAGCAGAAAGCCAAAGGAAUGGGACAAGGACAUUCUUCUCUCAGCCACUGAAGGCGCUGUUUCUUGUGCCAUUCUCCUAAACCUGGCCAAAACUUUGGGAUUGUUCUUAGCGGAGAAGUUGUCCAAAAAAAGUGGAAUGGGUCUGGCUCUUAUUUUCUUUGAUGGCCACUAUCCUGUGACUUCGGAUGAUGAAGAUGAAAACGAACUCAUUGGCUCAGGUCGCUUCAUAGAAGAUGAUAUUAUACCUUUGGAGAAGAUUGCUCUUGCAUUAACCCUUAGCUAUAUUGGAGCUCCGAAUCAAACUUACUAUAACUACUUUGAAGCUAGCGAGGAUCUGCACGAUCUUGUUACUGACAUAGAACUAGAACUUAGAAAAUCGGGAGAACUAACCGACUGCCAUGUGCUGUUCCACAAAAAAAAAGAAUUCGACAAUGAUCUGCUUGACGAUCAUAUUUUAUUCCAUGAACUUGGUGUUCCAGUCAUGCAUGUGGCUCCACACGAAUUCCCAAAAGUCCUUUACACGGCUGCUGAUAAUCAAGAAAAUUUACACUAUCCUACCAUUCGUAAUAUGAUAAAAAUUAUGCGCAUAUUUGUGUAUGAUUUCUUGGAACACUGGGAUGCCUACAUAUCUGCAAAUGAUAAUUUUGUUCCGUAUUCCGAUUCAGAUGAUAAUUAA